AUGACCCACUCGGCGUGCUUCGAUGCAUGCAUGCUCUUCUCGGAAUGUGGACCCCCUGUAAACCGAACAAAUCCGGUCGAUGGUCGUGAAGUGAGCACCCGCUCUUCACCGCAUAUCUCCCCCCCCCCCUCUCCCCCUCUCUCUCUCUCUACAUUGUCCCGUCCCUCCCUCCGUCUUGCGGUGCAUCUGCGCGCGUCUGACGCGUUUUCUUCUGGCAGUCCUUUUUUUUUUCCUUUCUCUACGAUAGUAACGACCUCGAAGAUGUCAUCACCAGCGGCAGCGCCGGCAACGGUCUUUGCCCGGUAUCCGGCAGCCCUCGCCUUGCCCACUGCGGAUCCGAACGCGCUCGCCGUGGAGACGAUGCUCCGCUUUGCGGAGGUGCGCUACACACGCGCUGACGCCCGCCUUGGGGACCUUUCCUUGACGAUCUCGCCAGCGGCCUCUUUCUCUUCCGCCGCUGCGGCGACGAGCAGCACCAGCGCCGCCAAAGCCAAGUCGGAGGUGUGCGCGGGCCUGAUGCCUUGUCUCAAGCGUCUUGGCGGCGAGAGUGCCUUUGACGCGGUGCCCAGCCUGCAUGCUGCCACGGCCGUGUGCGUCGAAGUACUGACGGUACAGUGCCUCUUUCCCGCCUUUCUCUUCUACACGCACUUCGACCCCGCCCUCUACAAGGCGGCGAUGCGCAGGAGCGUCGAGCCAAAAGUGGCGAGCUUCUGGGAGGGGAUACGGGGGACGUAUCGUGCGCACAUUUUGAGGGAAAAUCCGUUCUUUUACUCCGGCACCGCCGCUGCCGAGGUGCCGCGCGGGAAGCUUUCGCUGACGUCCCUCGCCAAGCUCAAGGAAGUGGGUGAGGGAGUGGACAAGGCCUUUGCCGUGCUGGAGUCGUUGCGGAAGACGGCAACCACCGCAGGUAUCGAAGCUGGUAAUGUGUUCUUCUUGGGCACCUCCCGGCCCACGUAUAUCGAUGCCCUCGUGUACGCGGCCGCAUCGAGUUUCGUGCACGCUGAUUUGAAAGAGGCCGCCGCGGGGGUCAAGGGCCACCAGCGACGAGUGCAGGACGCGUGCCCAGCCCUCCUCGAGUACGUGGAGGGGAUGCGUCGCCAGUUCUUCGAGGCAGACAGCGGGACAUACUGCCUGAAGCCGUGCGCGACGGCAGCGGAUGCGGACCCGCAUGUGGCCAUGGCUGACGAAGCUGAACGGCAGUACCGCAGUGGGCGGCUGCAGACGCUGUGGUGGACGGGUUUGUUUGCCAGUGCCUACUUUCUCCUGGUCAACGCGGACAUGCUGGUGGCGCUGUUGGAGCAGGCGGAAGAGGAUGACGAGGAGGUGGCAGCGGCGGAAGCCGCUGCUGGUGCCGCUGGCGGUACGGCAACCCAACAGAGUUCGCCGUCUUCGGCUUUCGUGUGA